UAACUUCAGUUCAUAAAAUAUCUUGGCAAGGAGCACCGUCAAAUGGCUCUUCGGUCAUUUAAUUUUGCCAUGGUUCUUCACGUUUUAAUUACUGAGCGAAGAAUAUGUUCUGGCGAUUAGUUUUCUUCUUCUUCACAUGUGGCAUCAUUUUAGGGCAGGUACUCCAAGCUCCAAGAACCAUUUUCGACGAUAUUUACGAAUAUGGCGAAUUCGACGUAAUUGAAGAAGACAUAUUUGACCCUGAAAAUGAUGAAGCAACUGAUUUGAUCAAAGAUAUUGAAGAUUUUUAUAAUGACGAAUUUUCAAAGCCUUUCGAUGUGCCACAAGAAUCGACAUCGGAUAUUUCGGAAGAAGAAGCAGCUGUCUUUUUAGUCAGUGACUAUAUUGAUCUUUUACCGAAUAAUCAGUUCAUUUUAUUCAAAUUAUUUCUUUCGAAUAUUGGCAGGAAUGAAUCAAACUUUAUGAUGGAUGAUUAUCAAAUUUGAUUUUUUAAAAGUAGACUUUUUCAUUUCGCUGUUGAAUUGAAAAAUUAAAUGUCAACGUUUACAAUGUAUAAAUGUUCUUGAAAUAUGAUUUUUUUUAAACUGUAAUUUUACAUUUCGCUGUAAAGUUGAAUGAAUUAUAGUCAACGUUCAUGAUAGGUAAAUUAUUUCUAAAUGUGAUUCUGAAAACUAUUUUUACAUUUCUAUUAUAGGUUGAACAAAGUAAAGUCGGCAGAAAAAAAGUCGAUAAAUUAUCUUGAAAUGAAAUUCUUUCAAAACGAGUUUUACAUUUCGCUUUUGAGUUGAACAAUUAAAGGUCAAAGGUUAAAGUCGGCAAAUUAUCUGGAAAUGUGAGAGUAAUUAAAGGUCCAAUUUUAUGAUGAAUAAACCCUUGAAGUGUGAUUUUUUUUAACUGUAAUUUUACUUUUUGAUGUUGGGUUAAACAGUUAAAAGUUAAAGUUUAGGAUGGGUAAAUUAUCUUGAAAUGUGAUUUUCUUUGAACUAAUUUUAUAUUUCAAUGUUGAGUUGAACAACUAAAGAUCAAAGUUUAUGACGUAAAUUGUCUUGCAAUAUUGAGUGUUGAAGCUUGUUUAUACAGCUUAGUAUAAUACUGUUGAAGUUAAUUUUAUACAUUUAUAUUUCGCUAUUAAGUUUAUCAAUUAAAAGUGAAAAAGAUUAAUUGUCAUUUGUCUAUCUCAUUUAAGUAAUGUCUUACAUUAGAAAAUACAAAUGGAAAGACCCAAAAUAAAGUUUUUCUUUUUA